UGUUUGGGCGUCAUUUAGCGUUCUUUUGUUUUCUAAGUGAAUCGUGAAUGUUAUAAGUGUCUUGUAACUCCUAGAAUUUUUUAUCUUAUGUGUGAUAUUUGGUCGUGUUCACUGUUCUUUGGUGUUGCCGAGAAGGGAGACAGAGAAUUUGUUGCAAUAUUUUUGCAAACAAGAUUUUGAUACUUCGACAAGUAAACGGGCGCAGAAUUUCGCCUGUUGCUGCCGCUCCAUACAUUGAACAAAUACUUCCGUUAAGUUUUUCCAGUGUCUUCUAAAAUGAGUUCCAAAAAAAUUAUGAUCAAUGCUGACCCAGGUAUCGACGAUGCUCAGGCUAUCUUCAUGGCUGUAGCACGACCCGAUAUUGAAAUUAUUUCGCUUCAUAUUCACCAUGGCAAUACAACUCGACCUAAUGCAAUGAAGAAUGCUUUGAGGAUACUUCAGGCGUGUAACAGCCUAAAACUCCCAGUUUUUCAAGGAAGUGAUCAUGCUUUGAUGACUCAACUGGUGAAAGGAGACGACUAUUUUGGUACUGAUGGUUUUGGGAAUGCUCCUGAUCCGAAUGUGCCCUCUUUGGAACUUGUUCAAAAGGAACAUUCAGUCUGGACAAUGAUUGAAAAUGUCAAAAAAUAUCCUGGACAAAUAACGCUCGUUGCUAUGGGCCCGUUAACCGACCUAGCCCUUGCACAUCGUCUUUACCCGCUGUUUAGCCAGCAAUUGAAGUCUUGCUAUAUAAUGGGCGGAAAUUACCAAGCCAAAGGAAACAUUACCAGGACAGCUGAAUUCAACGCUUAUCUCGAUCCUGAAGCAUCUAAGAUUGUUUUGACAGAGUUUCAGUGUGAAAUCAGUUUAUUUCCAUGGGAACUGUGUGUUGACAGUGGAAUGCCUUGGGAUUUCUAUGACAAGUUGCGUAACAAAUCAGGCAAAGAGGCCGAAUUAAUGAGGGUUAUAGAAAAGAAUCUGACAUCAAAAUGGAAAAAGAAACCAUCUUACGUAAUCUGCGAUGAACUUGCUAUGGCAGGAGCUAUCGAGGAAUCAACAGUGAAAGAAUUUAAACAUGUCUCCCUAGAUGUUGAACUGACGGGCCAAUUUACAAGGGGACAAUUUGUCAUCGACUGGGAUAACAGGUGUAAAGAUGCUGUUAAAAUUCGAUUGGUUACGAAGAUGAAUAUGGAUCGAGUAAUGGAGAUGCUCUUGGAUACCUAUGGAAAUUAAAGAGAAAUUCUGAGAGAAUCUCAAGAAAAUUAACUAGGUUUUUAAAACUUGAAAUGUUUUGCAAAUAUUAAUAAAAUGAAUUUAAAUGGU